AUGCUGCCGGAGAGGACUGACCCCGGAAGGGGGGUCGGGACCCCUUCCGUCCUUCCCCAUGUUGCUCGAGUCCCGCCCCGUGAAAAGCAGCAGCAGCAGCGCAGGCGCGCCCCCGGCUCAGCCCAAGGGCGGCCAUCCCGGCCAGCGGCCCCGACCGAGAGCCCGCUCCUCCUCCUCCGGGGACUGGCCCACUCCGCCCGCCGCUGCUGCUGCCGCUCUCGUGGCCGGGAGUUCCGCAGCCCAACUCGGCCGCCCGGACUGCCGCGGAGGCUCCGCCCCCGGCCCCGCCCCGGAGAGGAGAGCGGAAGUGGCGUCUGCGCGGAGGCCGUAGAAAGAUCGGUCCGGAAAAGGAAGCGGCGGCCGCCGCUCAGGCCCCGCCCCUCCACUUCCGGGACCUUCUUCCCCUUCCUCUCGGCUGGGCUCGCGGCGCCUGCGCAGAAGCUGCUGGAAGCGACGCUGCUGGCCCGGGACUCCAUGAGCGCCAUCGGGGGAAGCGGCGGCGGAGGCGGCGGCGGAGGCGGCUUGGAGCCCGACCUCAGCCCGGCCGUCCCCGUCCCCCUCCCCGCCGCCGGGGGAGACAGCGCCAAGGGCAGCCCGGGGCUCGUGGCGGCCGGAGCCGGAGGGGCCGGUGAGAGAGGUGGGGGGGAGGGGAAGGGGGGAGGGGCAGUGAGGGGAGGGGAGGGGGAGGGGCAAUGGAGGGGGAGGGGAAGAGCAGUGGGGGAGGGGGAAGUGGGGGAGGGGAGGGGCAAUGGAGGGGGAGGGGAAGAGCAGUGGGGAGGGGAAGUGAGGGGAGGGGCGAUGGAGGGGGAGAGCAGUGGGGGAGGAGGAGGGGGAGGGGCAAUGGAGGGGGAGGGGAAGAGCAGUGGGGGAGGGGAAGUGGGGGAGGGGGAGGGGCAAUGGAGGGGGAGGGGAGGAGCAGUGGGGGAGGGGAAGGUGGGGGGAGGGGCAGUGGGGGGAGGGGCGCCUCCCUCCCUUUGCCCAGGGUCCCUCUCUAAAUCCCUCUCUCUCCCCGCAGGUGCCUCCUCCUCCUCUUCUUCCUCCUCUUCUUCCUCCUCCUCCUCGUCCUCCUCGUCCUCACUCCUGGCUCAUCCCGCGGAGGCAGCGCCCUCGGUGCCCAACGGGAUCUUCGCGCCGCCCGGAGCGGCCGCCAACGGGGACUCGAAGCCUGCCGUCCUUGCCGCCGCCCCGUCCUCCUCGGCCUCCGCCGCCCCAGCCUCCUCUCCCACCUCCAGCGCCCCGCUGGUCGACUUCCUGCUGCAGCUGGAGGAUUACACGCCCACGGUGAGGCCCCCUUCCCCGCCCGGCCCCCGGCAGCCUCGCCGGCCCCUGGUGGCAUCAUCUCCCUCUUGAACCACCCUCCUCGUGCUUCCCUUCCAGAUCCCAGAUGCCGUCACGGGCUACUACCUGAACCGCGCUGGCUUCGAAGCUUCCGAUCCGCGCAUGUAAGUGGAGCCGUGGGGGGAGAGACCAAGUCCCCAGGACAGAUAGACUGCCCCUUCCUCUAGGGGCCCCGUGUGGCUCUUAGAGACCCAUCCUGGGGCUCUCCCACACCUCCCCUCAUCCCUCCUCUGGUCUCCCCUUCCAGCAUCCGCCUGAUCUCCUUGGCCGCCCAGAAGUUCAUCUCCGACAUUGCCAACGACGCUCUGCAGCACUGCAAGAUGAAGGGCACGGCCUCUGGCAGCUCCCGAAACAAGAGCAAGGUGAGGUCCCCCCAAUGUCUCCCUCGCAGGGGGCCCCUUCCGCAACUCUCCCUUCAGGUGCCCAGGCGGGAUGCCCAGCUGACGCCCCUCCCUCUCCCCUCCCCCACUGCAGGACAAGAAGUACACCCUCACCAUGGAGGACCUUGCGCCCGCGCUCUCCGAGUACGGCAUCAACGUCAAGAAGCCCCACUACUUCACUUAGCUGCCAGUCCCCCUGGAUUCGCUCUUGGACUGCUUCUCUUUCCUCUUGGCUGCUGUACCAUUAAAGUUCUCCCUUUCUGGAUCUCCCUCCCUGCCUGUC